AUGAACGCCAUAACGGUGAACAAACAGGGAAUAGGCUUUCUUGAACCGACAGAUAUCUUGUAUCUUUAUUGUGUUGAUUUUCAAUUUCUACUCGACUUUACUAUUACUUCGCUGCCGUUUAUGGAGCUGGAACUCGUUGGUGGACAUGUUAGCUUUCCUGACAAGUUACACGAGAGGAGAAUUGUACUUUUUCCAAAUGGGGAUAUAAUUCGUAACCUGUCGCAGCAAAUUUCCCCAUGUGCAAUCGAAAUUGUUACUUGUUGUCAUAUCACGGUAAGAUGUUUACUUUUUAUCAACUAUAUUCCUGGUGUUUUGGUAUUGUAGUAUGGAUAUUAGCCUUUUUUAUUGUCUCUUGAGAAUCCAAUUUCAAUUGAUAUUUAGUAAUAAAUAAUAGUAGCAAUAUUUUCACUGGGGUUUAAUAUAAUAUGCAUUUGGUCUCCAUGGCCCAUGGUAAUUAUAUAUUUGUGCAUAAACAGCUCAAAGAUGUACGUGUGUUAUCUUAAUGUGCGAUGUGUGUGGACCAAUACUAGGGUCAUGUAUCAGUCCAGUCCUGUCCAUUCUGACCCCCCACCCAAGUACACCCUUGUGUAUUUGUAAGCUUAUUUAUGCUUGGCCGUGCAGGGGGGAGAUAAUCCCUUGUAAAAUUUACUCAAAAUCUACGUGUCAUUCUGGGGCUAUUUACAUUAGAAAACAAACUGCAAAUGCUUUGGGGUGGCUUGAGGGAUGGGAAUUGUGAUGCAGGUAUAGAUUGAUUCCUUUAUUGAUUGAUAGGUUGGUUCUCGUCAAGCAGUACUGGUUUGGGAUUUCAUUGUGAAGGAUGACUUACAACCUGUUUCAACAGUUAAAGCUGUCCUACCAGUGGAAGAUGACGACUCUUACCCGACAUUGCCAUGGCUUGACAUAACCCAAACUAAUUGCAAUUGCAACAAAUACCCAACACGUGGUCUCAUUGUGCAGAAUAGCUCAAAUGAAUCUCAGUAUUUAUGUGAUGAUGGUGGCCAUUCUGAUGAUGGUGGCCAUUCUGAUAAUGGUGGCCAUUCUGAUGAUGGUGGCCAUUCUGAUGAUGGUGGCCAUUCUGAUGAUAGUGAAAUAAUUGAACAUGCUGUCAAUGAUCACAAUGAUAGUGCAGUAACUGAUGAUGGACAAGUGAACAUGGAACACUUAGAUCACGUUGCAGAACAUGAAGAACAACAAUAUACAGAAAAAUUCAAGCUGAAAGGAACUAGCUUUCAUAAUCAUUUCCAAAGUGCAUUACGACAUUUUAAGUUCUGUCAACUGAGCGAACUAGAACCUCCAGCACUAUCACUACAUUUUGAGCCUGUAAAUAAACGGGAUGAAAAUGCGAUUGUCGUCAUUGCGGAAAUUGAUG